AUGGGAUCCAUCCCAUUUUGCGCCCUUCUUUGCUGCUUUACUAGCAUAGUCACAGCCAAUAUAUUUGAGUAUCAGACGGAUUCCCAGCCAUUGCGUCCAUGCGAACUUCAGAGGGAAAAGGCUUUUUCAGCAGGGGAAGCCUACGUUCCUCAGUGCUCAGAGGAUGGCCAGUUCAGGACAGUCCAGUGCAGUAGGAAUGGUCUCUCCUGUUGGUGUGUGGAUGAGAAUGGGAUUGAGGUACCUGGCAGCAAACAGGAUGGAUAUCCCAUAUCUUGCUUGUCCUUUUGCCAGCUGCAAAAGCAGAGGAUCUUGGUGAGUCGAUACAUCAACAGCAGCAGCAUCUCCUACAUCCCUCAGUGCCUGGAUUCAGGGGCUUUUGAUGAGGUGCAGUGUGACAUGGAGCUGGGGCAGUGCUGGUGUGUAGAUCCAGAAGGAAUGGAGAUUUAUGGCACCAGGCAAAGAGGAAAGCCAGCACGGUGUCCAGGGAACUGUGAGAUCCGAGACCGCCGCAUUCUACACGGGUUUGGGGAGAAGAGCCCACCACAGUGCUCAGCAGAUGGAGAGUUUCUGCCUGUCCAGUGCAAGUUUGUCAACACAACAGACAUGAUGUUUUUUGAUCUCGUUCAUGGUUACAACAGGCUCCCGAGGGCUUUCCAGGCAUUCAGCUCCUUGAGGGAGAAGUUCCCGGAGAUCUCUGGGUACUGUCACUGUGUGGACAGCCUGGGGAGGGAGUUGGCAGACACUGGCUUGGAGCUGCUGCUUGAUGAGGUUUACGACACAGUUUUCUCUGGGGCAGAGCCUGCCCGCAGGUUCUCAGAGACCAGCGUCUAUCGGAUCCUCCGGAGGCGGUUCCUGGCCGUGCAGCUGGCCACCUCUGGCAAGUUCAGGUGCCCCUCGAGGUGCGAGGCUGAGCGUUUCACUGCCCUGCGCUACCAGCACCCCUUCGUGCCGUCCUGCGCCGCCGACGGGGGCUACGAACCACUGCAGUGCCAGCAGGGGGGACAGUGCUGGUGUGUGGACACCAAGGGCCAAGAGGUCCCAGGCACAAAGAGGCGAGGACAACCCCCAGCCUGUGGUGAAGGACAAGGGUGCAUCUCUGAGAGGCGACGGGCCUUGACGAGGCUCUUUUACGGCCCUGCUGGGUACUUCAGUCAGUCCAGUUUGUUCUCCACCCCAGAUAAGCAGACGGAAAAAACAGCUGGCUUUUCAAGACCCUGCCCUCCUUCCUUCAAGGAGCUGUUUCUGGACUCUGGAUUGUCAUCCCCAGUUGCACAAAGCCCAUUUGUCAGCCAGACUUCUGGAUUAGAAACUACCCUUAGUGAAGCCAUCACAGGGAUGUUCCCAUCGAGGGAGCUGGCUCGAGUGGCACUGCAAUUUACUGCCAAUCCAAAGCGUUUCCAAGAAAAUCUCUUUGGAGGAAGGUUCUUGAAGAAUUUGAUCCAGUUUAACUUCACAGGGGCACUUGGCACUAGUGGGAAAUACAGCAUUGGCCAGUUUUUCCAACAGGAGGAUGCGUCUGAGAGGAAUAACAGCCAAAGCCCUCUGGAAUCAGCAGAAGCAUUUUCACUGGAGGUGUCAAAGGGGAGCUCCAUUUUGAGUAAACCUCUUGUAGGCAGCUUUGGCCGCAUAGUAACUCUACAGGACAAUCAGAACAUGGUGAAAUUCCUUUCCUCUGUUCUGGAACUACCAGAGUUCUUUACUUUUCUUCAACAAGUGAUUUCUGUUCCCAAAGACAUUGCUGAAGAUUUAGGUGAAGUGGUGAAACUAGCAUUGGGAUCAGGAGACUGUGGUGAGGAGCCAAGGGAUCUGUUUGUUCCAACGUGCACCAAGGAGGGGAGGUAUGAAGAAGUUCAGUGCUAUGCAGGAGAGUGCUGGUGCUUGGACACUUCAGGUAAGGAAAUUCCAGGCUCAAGACUUCAAGGCAAACGUCCAAGGUGUCCCACUGAUUGUGAGAAGCAAAGGAGAAACCUGCAAAGCCUGAAGCAAAGUCUGCCUGCGGGAUCAGACCUUUUUAUUCCCUCUUGUACCGAGGAUGGAGACUUUCUGCCACUCCAGUGUUAUGGAACAAAUUGCUUCUGUGUUGAUUUGAAUGGCAACACUGUUCCAGGAAUAAAGGGAAAAGCUGGAAAGCCAAUGCAGU